AUGCCUCCUUGUCGAACGUUUGUUGCUCCUGAAUAUAAACCAUUAAUUAUUGUUGAUAAAUCAGCAGCUUGCGCUGAAUGUUUUGACUUUAUUGGUGCUAUUAAUGGACCACAAAUUACUAAUACGUUGGCACCAGCAAUUAAUCGAUUACGUAUUAACGACAUGUACUUGAUAUGUGAUAAAAGUCGAUUGCAUAACAUGGCAAAUAUGAUGCGACCGUUAAAGACUGGUAAAUGUAAAUCAAUUAUAGAUAUCCAUUACAUGCCAACAGCAUCAGCAAAGUACAUAUCACCAUUAGACAAUCCAAUUUGGCAUUCAUUUAGGAAACUUGUUCGAAAACAAUAUCCAUUCACAACAGUAGAUCUUUCAUCAAUACUUUCACGAACUUUUUAUUCAUUAUCAAGACAAGAAAUCAGCAAUGCAUAUCGUAAAUGUGCUAUUACAUAUGGAACUGACGUAUAUUAUGAUCAACCAUCUACAUAA